CGUCAUUGAUGCGCUCGACGAGUGCGAAGACAAGAGUAUCAAGCAAAUGCUUCAAUUCUUAACAAACCUCACGGCUACGACUUCUUCCUGUUUAAUUUUCAGAGCUCUCUGCUCUGGACGCCCUGCAAACUUUAUCGAGCUGGCUUUCUCUAAGGUCCCACAUCUCCAUCUCGAGGAGCAUACCUGGCAAGAUAUUGAAGACUUCCUCCACACCAACAUCCGAACCGUAACCGACCACCUGCCUCCGGACGAAAGAAGAGAUCGAAUCAUUGCAGAGAUCGUACCUGAAGUGGUGGGCAAGUCGGAGGGUGUCUUCAUGUGGGCUAGUGUCGUCGUGGAGGAUCUUCUUACACUUAUUGCCGCUGGUCGUGAGGAGGAACUUUACGAGAAAAUUAAAGAGCUCCCUCCGGAGCUUGAGUCACUAUAUGCCAGUAUCAUUGCGAAGAUCCCGCCUCGGAGCAGACAUCAUACUUAUAACUAUCUCCAACUCCAGGUUUCCGCGGGUCAUGGUGAAAAUGCUCCUCACAACCUUCUUGGAAUAAUGCUGGCAUCCUUUCCACCAGAACAAGUUAGGACAGCACCUUCGAAUAUCGAUAGAUGGUCAGAUGAUGCGAAAAUUGUUGCUUGUCAUCGUACCAGGCGUAUGUUGCGUGACAAUUGUUCUGGUUUUGUGAAGCUCCCACACUUCAAUCCAUCCUGGUCCAAAGAGGAACAAGUCAACCGUUUCUGCUGUGGUGAGGUCUACGUGCACAAAAGUGUCAAAGAUUAUUUGUUCAACAAAGAGUCAUUCAAGAAAGUAUGGUCUGGUAUUGACCAAAAACUUCUGAUUCAUUCUCAUCUUCAGCGGGUGUCCUUUUGCUUUCACUUACUCAAAGUUGAUUUUGUAACGCGAUAUCAGGCGGUGCCGCGAAUAUGGCGAAAUGAAGAUAGCGUCUUGGUUGCGGUGCCCAAGUUAUUUCUAAAAGCUGUAUCUGUCGGUGAAGUGGACGAGAAACUUGAUCUCUCGGUAACUUGGCUCUUGGCACUAGAGAACCUGGUCAGAACAAAAGCUUCGAGUCUGACUGAGAUAGUGGAUUUCUACGAUGCUACAUUCGUCUUAGAGUAUAGGAAUUUUGAAAGAUGCACAAACGAUCCUCCAUUCGAAGCCUGGAACACCAAUAUGCUCUGCCUAGCUGUCAGUUAUGGACUUAUCCCAUACAUAAAAGCCUACGUACACCGUAAUCUUCAUCUGCGAAAAGGCCGACCACUUCUUCACUAUCUUUUUGGUGCUUAUGUGGAACUAUCAUACGAUACAUUUGAGCCUGUAGCUAAAAUUCUUCAUCGUCAUGGCUCUCGCUUUGACCAAGUAUUCAACGGACGUACAACUUGGGAGUACAUCCUUAUACACAUGCAAUUUGGAGUUUACAUUAACUCCUGGGAGCGUGACGGCUACGACAAAAUUCUUAUUCUCUGUCUCGAGCAGGGUGCGAAUCCGAAUCAGAAAAUCAACCUCCCUACAUAGCAGUGUUUCGCGUUGCACAUCAUGCUCGCAAAGCACCAACUUCCUCACGAACGGCUUCUCGCUCUUCUCAAAGCAUUCCUGAUACGUGGCGCAGCAACGAAUGCGAAAGACUCAAAUGGCUUCACAGUGAUUCAGCUAGCAGAAAAACAGAAGCCCAGGGCUGUUCAACUACUGCAAUCGCACACUUCGAGGUCUUUGAAGCGGCAAUCAUUGACGUCA